UUGGGUUCCAAUUAUCCAUCACAGUUGGGAUCCUAGUGGCGAAUGUGCUCAACUACUUCUUCGCAAAUAUCAAAGGUGGAUGGGGAUGGAGGCUUAGCUUUGGUGGUGCAAUGGUCUCUGCACUCAUCAUCACAAUCGGAUCAUUGGUCCUUCCAGACACACCCAACUCCAUGAUCGAGCGUGGAGAGCACGAAAAGGCUAGGCAACAACUGAGGAAGGUUCCGGGCGUGGAAGACAUUGAUGAAGAGUUCAACGAUCUUAUUGCCGCAAGUGAAGAAUCGAAGAAGGUGAAACACCCUUGGAGGAACCUGCUGCAGCGCAAGUACAGGCCUCACCUCACCAUGGCAAUCAUGAUUCCAUUCUUCCAGCAAUUCACGGGCAUUAUUGUCAUCAUGUUUUGUGCGCCUGUGUUGUUCGGCUCCAUUGGCUUCAAGGACAACUAUGCUCUCAUGUCAGCUGUCAUCACCGGCGUCAUAAAUGUGGCUGCCACUGUUGUGUCUAUAUAUGGGGUUGACAAGUGGGGUAGGAGAGCCCUUUUUCUGGAAGGCAGAGCCCAAAUGAUUAUAUGUCAGGCCGUAGUAGCCGCUGCUAUUGGAGCCAAGUUCGGAAUUGAUGGAAACCCCGGUGAUUUGCCAGUGUGGUAUGCUAUUGUGGUGAUGAUGUUUAUUUCCAUCUAUGUCUGA